AUGAUCAAAUUAAUAGACCUAGAAGGAUGGUCAGAUUAUUCAAUAUCUCCAUAUAUAAAUUAAUUAAAAUAACUCUCGGAAUCACCUGAAAUUACACCAACAAAACGAGAGAAAUUAAAUAGGCUCCCUUCAAUCUAAUAAAAAAAACUGGAAUGUUAUGAAAUACAGAAUUAUAAAUCAAUUUAUUUUGCAAAUAGAAAAUAAUUAGGAUAUCAAGUUGUUAGUGAAGAAAGGAAAUCUUAAAAAUUAAAAAAAUAAUAUACUAGAGUACAUUAAUAAUAAUAUUAAUUUCAUGAAUUGUCUUCAUUUGUAGAAUCUCCUAAGAAAUCAAAAAAAAUGAAAGAAUUAUAGGAUUGUUUAUUUUAGAGAAGAUCAUAUAGAUUGUAGAUAAAGAAUAAAAUGUUAAAUUUAACUUAGAAAUCACCUCUCCAUAAUAUAUCAUAACUAUUACGAAAACUAAACAGUGAAGUCAUAAAUAAGAAUGAAUUAGUAUAAAUUUUGGAUAAAUGA